AUGACACAACAGCAGCAUGGCUCGUCAACUACGACACAGGAGCAUCGUCCUAAAGUUGUUGGCAAGAAACUAGCCGAGACAGCCGUCCAAUUCACACAACAAGCUGAGAAGCUCUCACACCAACAUCCAACGGGCCAAGACCCCGGUGUUGCCAUCGAAGCACAAUUUGUCACGCCUCAUGACCCUGUUAUCAUCACUUCAGAUGGAAAACGACUCCCGGGUGUGCCACUGCAGGAGGCGCAUAAGCUCAAUGUCCUGAGGGAAGAGCUUCAAGGCGAGCCUGAGAGUGUCGAAAUCAAAGCAGGAGACGAAACCAAAGAGAAGAUAUCCAAUGUCGAGAACGCAAACCCCGAGCAAAAAAAGGUCGUUCAGUUGCCUUCAGAACAGAAUGGCGCAUCUCUGCAAAAGUCCAACAGCAACAGCACAUUGCGAAAACAGACACCCCCUUCUCAUACCAAUCCUCUCUUCCCUCCACUGCCGCUAUAUGGGCCACCAAAUAUGCUACGCAAUCUUCAAUGCAUGUUCUUUCGAAUCAGCGCAUUCUUUCUCAGCCUGGCAUUUCUCGGAGUCAUCGUCUUGGGCUCAUUGUUUACGACGAUACCCGUGAUCUGGAAGAACAUCUGGUACAGGCUGACUUUUCGCGAUCCUGAUUCUGACAGACCGUUUUAUGAAGAGGAAAAGCGCAGAGCUCAAGCCAGACGCGAGCAAGAAAAGGCUUGGAAGCAAAAAUCAUCAAAUGGACGAACACUAGACAGGAUGGAAAAUGCUGAGGAAUUCCCUCCAACCGAAGGCGGACCAGACCCAAUCAUCUGUGACGUCGCAUAUUAUGCGCGCAGAGUUGGUCUAGACGUUGAGACAUUUGAGGUUCAAACCGAAGACGGUUUCAUAAUCGACUUAUGGCAUGUUUACGACCCUAAGGAGUAUACCGAACUCGAGGAAAGCCUAAGGUCUGACCAGGGACCGGAAGUAUUCCAACGCCAGAGGAAGAAGCUCAAAGACCCGUCACAGAAGCCAAAGUUCCCAGUGCUGCUCAUGCAUGGCCUCCUUCAAAGCUCGGGUGCUUAUUGCUGUAAUGAUGACGACUCUCUCGCUUUCUGGCUGUGCAAGUCUGGCUAUGACGUGUGGCUUGGCAACAACCGUUGUGGAUUCAAUCCUAAGCAUGCAUUGCUUGAGUACAACGACCCGAGGAUGUGGUGCUGGAAUAUCAGACAGAUGGGUGUUUUCGAUCUUCCCGCGUUGACGUCGCGAGUCAUUACAGAGACAGGGUUCGAAAAGAUUGGACUUAUCUGCCACUCCCAAGGCACAACUCAAACCUUUGUCGCCUUGGCCAAAGAACAGCGACCUGAGCUGGGCGAGAAGCUGACCGUAUUCUGUGCCCUCGCCCCAGCCGCAUAUGCUGGGCCGUUGAUCGGUAAAAUGUACUUCAAGUUCAUGCGAAUCAUUUCACCGGGUCUAUUCCGUCUCAUGUUUGGCAUCCAUGCAUUCAUCCCUUUCAUGAUGCAGAUGCACAAACUGCUGGAUCCCCGUCUAUAUGGCUGGCUUGGUUACAAAGUCUUCUCGUUUCUGUUUGACUGGACUGACGCCCGUUGGGAUCGUGGCCUUCGCAAUCGCAUGUUCCAGUUUGCGCCUGUUUACGUCAGCGCAGAGUCUAUGCGAUGGUGGCUUGGCCGAGAGUGCUUUGCCAAGCACAAAUGUAUCUUGUCUACGAAAGAGAUUGUUAGAGCUGAGGAGCACAUGGAUUCCAAGGGAGAUGGACGUCCCGUGACACCAAGGACCUCGUCGGCGCUCGAAGCUCAUCGGAAACAUCCCAAGGGCUCUACCGCGUGGUACAACAAACAAGCACCACCUAUGGCUAUGUGGGUUUGUGGUAACGACGAUCUUGUUGACGGAAGGAAACUGCUCCGGCGGUUUGAGAAGGGCCGCGAGCCUCAUGUCAACCUGGUCCACAGCAAGGUGAUCCCUGAAUACGAACAUCUGGAUGUCAUCUGGGCGAUGGAUGCGGUCGAUCAGGUCUUCAAAGAAGUACGUGAAGUUCUAUGGAAGACAUGCAAUGCACGCGAUAUUUGCCGUGUCCCUGAAGGUUGUGAGGCGGUGCUACCAGAAAAGGCGAAACUGUCUGUCAAAGAAGAUAUGGUAGAGGAGUGCCAAUCGAGUAGUAGUGGCGAGACUUAG